UCUUCAAUCAAAGUGACCGGCGCUGCAGCAUGGAGUUCGGCCCGCUCGACGCGCUCCUCAGCCAGAUUCACAAAAGAGCUUUCACCUGUGGCGGCGAGGAAUGGCUGCGCAGGUGUCUGGCUGAAGUAGCGCCGGUGUCUUCAUUGAGCGGACCUGCUGCGCUGGUGGAGGAGGAGGAAGGCAGCGGAGGUCACGUGAGCAUGGGAGAAGAGCUGGUAACCAGUAGGAGCCGGAGGCAGCUGAGCAGUGUGCCCUCCUUUUGUCCUGGGCCGGAGCCAGCGCCACCUGGUGGCUCCAGUGAGGUAGUGCUGCCUCCUUUCAGGAAGUCCAGGCAGAGGAGCAGUGAUGUGGAGCCCCGCAGUAGAAGAAGCAGUUCCCGUCAAGGCAUUGUGGUUCCUCCCUGCCCUGCAGCUGUAUCUUCUCUCCCUAGAGGGUCCACGAAUGCUGGUGUUCCCGUGCGGUCUUCAAGCCGGAAGAAGAGGCCCAGGAUCACCUACUCCCCGUCCAGGAGUCAAGAAGUGGCUGGGCGUCAGCGGUCUCCUCCCAGUGGGAGAAAUUCUUCGCCUUGGUUCCCAAUGCAGCAAAGGAAGGCAUCCCGUGUCCACCUUACCUCUGGAGUCUGA